UUGGAAAAGGAGAUCAUCACCAAGACAACAACAACAUGAUAAUAAAAUAUAAUGAAAUUGAGUAACAGAGCUUGUUUUUGGCUAUUUUUCCAAGUUCUGGUUUCAAGCUCCAAAUUCGAGUUCCCAGCGUAUGUGUAUAUGUGCUAUGGACGUUUUUUUUGUAAGCGAAAUUCAGAAUGCAAUGUGUUUUAGCUUUUAUAUUCAUUGACGUUUCCAUAAAUGAAACCUUAUAUUUAUGAAUUGAAAGACAGUUUGUCACUGACAAACUAAAAUAUUCACAUACACAAAGAAUUAAAUCAAUAUAUCUUAGCAAUAUGGUUGUGAUCUCGACACUCUCAAAAAAUCAUAGAAUCAUUUUAUUCUAAUAGCGUUCAGUUGGAAUUGAAAUUUUAAUUGUUUUUUCAACUUUUUUUUUAUUUAUUCACAAUACGAUCCACCAUUAUGUGCCGAGUUUUUUAUAAAUAUUUUCUAAUUACAAGUACCAGUUUUAUGGCUACUGGUGGCUUUUAUUUUGCAAGCCUUACACGAUGGUUAUGGCCAUCACCCAUUUAUGAUUAUGGUGAUUAUGAUUGGCGCAAAGUUCCCGAAUCUAUCGGUGCUAUUUGUUUUAUACUUUUUUCCAUUGGCUUAUUGCUCGUAUUACGUGCUCAUGAACACGAACUAUUCGUAUUCACUUUGAUUCUAUUAAUACCGAUGGUAACCAUAUCCAUAAUGUUAAUCAUACAUCUUAUCGAAAAACGUGCACGUAUUGAUUUGAGUGAUUUUUUCCUUUUGGUCAUCGUUAUAUUGCUUAUAUCGAUUAUUGGUAAUAUAUUUCUAUACAUACAAAGUUUAAAAAAUCUUCAAACACAUAUUCGACAGAAACACAAUCCAUUGCAACCACAGCCGCAUCAACAACAGAAAAAAAAGACUUCCAUCUAUUUUCCACAACGCAAAACAGAUACUUUCGAAUUGUAAGAUUUAUUGUAAUAACU